AUGCCACCACUGAAAGACGAAUUGAAGAAUCGACAAAAUAAGCUUAUGGACGCAGCAAGCAGCGAAACUAGUGAGCGCGACACCGGUGAAAGCCCCGCGAAUUCUUCGGGAAUAAAUCUGCUGAACUCAAUCAAAACGUUCCUUUGGUCGCCGUCAAAGGAUAGCGAGAAUGAUCGUCCUUCGAAACGCAAACGAUCGGACUCCGAAAGUGAAGACGAAGAAGAUGCAAUCAUAACAUCAAACCUGCUCAAGAAGCGAAAAUUUACUACCGAGACAACGGUUGUAAAUUCGGUUACUACGAAGUGCCUUCCCGAUGGGGAGCAAUCGAAGCGUAAAUCUCUUUUGGGAACUUUGUUUUCGCCGGUUUUUACGCUGUUUGGGAAGAACGGCCACAUUCAACCAGUAGGUAAAGAAGCUUCGCCUUUAUCUAACGGGUCUCGGAUUUGUGGCGCGAGCAAUGGCGGUGUAAACGAAGAGAACGCUGGCGCUUCUAUCGUGAACAGAGGCGCUUUAGCUGCCACCAAUGGAGAUGUCAACGGCAAUGUUGAAGAUGAUGUCCCUGAGUCUGCAGAUGCUGAGUGGGACGUUUACGAUCCGUUUUAUUUCAUCCGCAACCUUCCCCCACCUGAAGAAGGUGAAGACGCGAAAAGCCGUGGGCCAGUUUUACCGUUACAGACUCGAAGCACUCCAGAAUUCUGUCUCGUUCUUGAUCUCGACGAAACUUUGGUUCACUGUAGCCUUAACAAGCUAGAGGAUGCCAAUUUGACUUUUCCCGUGCUCUAUCAAGAUAUCUGUUAUCAAGUGUUUGUGCGUACAAGACCACAUUUAAAGCGCUUUCUCGAAAGAGUGGCCAGCAUGUUCGAGGUUAUCCUCUUCACCGCUUCCAAAAAAGUUUAUGCAGACAAGCUACUGAACAUUUUGGAUCCUACACGGAAAUAUUUUCGACAUCGCCUCUUUCGUGAACACUGCGUCUGUGUUCAAGGUAACUACAUCAAAGAUUUGAACAUUCUUGGCCGGGAUUUGGCCAAAACCAUGAUUGUAGACAAUUCUCCACAGGCGUUCGCCUACCAGAUUUUCAAUGGCAUUCCAAUUGAAAGUUGGUUUGUCGAUCAGACCGACAGAGAGCUGCUAGAACUUCUACCUUUCUUAGAAAUGAUCGCCAACCGUAAAGAUGAUGUUAGGCCACAUAUAAGAGACAGGUUUAGAAUGCACGAGUUGGCGGGGUUUAGGUGAGGCUUGAUAUUAAAAAAAGACUUCCAAGUAAACCAUUUAACAGUUUCGAAGUCUUCUUAUGUUGACAAGCAAGUUUAAUCACUGGAUAAUUUUUAACCUCAAUUCGAUUUCAUUGCCGGGGAACGUUUUUACAUAG